GAGGUCCAUGAGGAUUUUUGUACUUUUGUUGGAGGGGGGAGAGAGGAUCUUGUUUUGUAAUCGGUAAAUACUGUCUGGUAUUGUUUUUGGCAACUCCAUUUUAGACAACCCUGUUUGUUGUUUUAGUUUAUUUUUGGGUUGGACUCUGAGCUGAGGGCACCGCCAUGGUUUGCUGCCUGAGAGGUCUUGACCUGGAGGGAUUUGCUGCCAGCGGUAUCUUGGUGCUUAAAGUGCCUUGGCUCUUGGAGGAAGGCCUGAAGACUAGGCUAAGCUUAGUCAGGGUUUUGGCAUUUAGUUAGUUGUAGGAAAAUGGAGGUCUGCCAUUUGUUGGUGCCAGUCAUGCACUUCCUUGUGGUUGGUUAAAUAAUUUGGUAUACUUUGACUUGUAUUUUUUGGAAGUGGGUUUGUUGGGUUAGUUUGGUUUGAGAAUGGAUACUGUGAGUUCUUUUUUGUCUUCUCCAACAUUAGAACUCUUGGAAAAGCUUACAAAGGAGCAGAUUCGUCAAGUAGCCGAACACUUUAAAGUUGAUCUUGAAGAUAUGUUGAUGUGACAGAUGAAACUUCUCUUGGUUCAGGUUCCUUAACUGGUGCUCCAAAGUUGGUAGAUGAAUUGUCAAGCUCAACAGUUUCUCAAGCUUCUCAAUUAAAGUUUCAGUCUAAGAAAACUGAGAUGGAAAUGCAGUUGGAGUUAGAAAAAUUACGGCUAGCACAUGAGCUUGAGGAGAGAAAACUAGCUUUACAGGAAAAGCGGCUGGCUCAUGAGCAAGAAGAAAAGAGGUUAGCACAUGAAUUGGAGGUGAAGAAAUUAUCUUUGGAAGCUGAGCGUCUGAAGUUGAGGUCUGAGGGCAGGUUAAGUGGUGGAUCUGUUAAUCCGUCUCAAGGUGGUGAUGGGUUUUCUGGACAUAACUUGGUUAACAUGUUGAAGCUGUUGCCUAAGUUUAAUGAACAAGAUCCUGAUGUGUUUUUCUCUUUGUUUGAGGACAUGGCAGAGGACAAUGACUGGAGUGAUCUAGAUUGCUCCAUGCUGCUGCAAAGUGUGUUGGUGGGUAAGGCCCAAGAAGCUUAUGUUUCAUUAGCGUCAGCUGAAAGAAAGGUAUACAAAUCUGUUAAAGAAGCUGUUUUGAAAGCUUAUAAACUGGUUCCUGAGCAUUACAGGCAACAAUUUAGGAACUGCAGGAAAGCUGUAAAACAGUCAAAUACAGAUCUUGUCAGAGAAUUAAACACCCAGUUUUAUCGCUGGUUAUCAGCUGAAGGUGUGGAUGAUUUUGAAUCACUUCGUGACUUGAUGGUGUUGGAACAGUUCAAGAACAUUAUUCCAGAUCGGGUGGCCAUAUGUAUUAAUGAACAAAAGGUAAAAACUGCUGCUAAAGCUGCUGUCUUAGCAGACGAGUAUGUUCUGACCCAUAAAGGUGUGAGGGAUUCUAAUUUGAAAGGUGACCACAGCCUUAAGGAAUUUCAUCACGACCGGUUUCCUGGUAAAAAUAGAUUGGAUCCUACAUUGAGAUCUAAAGUGGACUUGGUUUGUAACUAUUGUCGCCAGAAGGGACACUGGAAAAAUGAGUGCCCUCUGAAUACUAAAUCAAGUAGGGGGAAACGGGAUCAUCAAAAACCUGUGGCUUUAGCCAGUGUUGCACAGUUGCAUUCAGUGGAGUCUACACCACUGCCUAAAGUUGAAAGCGUAAGACCAACUGUUUUAGCUGCACCUUGUGACUUCCAGUCUUUUUCAGAGCUGACUGAUUCAGAUCCCCAGACCUUUGAGAAGGAGGUCGGACAAGAUUACGCUCCUUUCAUCACACAUGGGUUUGUUUCUGAGUGGAAGUUCAAAUAAAGUGGCUGGAAAGAUUCUGCAUGACACCGGAGCU